CAUGUCCAAGCCGGGAGUUAAAAGGUUUAGGCUCUAAUCCAUGUUCCGCCAUCUCCUCUAUGUGACGUCCAGCAGGUCACUUCACUCUCUGCGCCUCAGAUCUCCUCCCCAGUAGAAAAGGGAUAAUAAAAACAGCUACAACACAAUACUGCUGUGAGGCACAGAAAAAGAGGUUUUGGGUUCCAGAGUUUGCACCUUCAUCUCCCUCACAGUUGAGGGACGCCCCCAGGAAAGGGGAAGAGACGAGAGCAAUGGCAGGGAGCCUCUCUUUGGGGGCAGGCAGGGUCCUAUGGGGCCGGGCGCCCCUAUCCUGCAGAAGCUUCUCUCUGGGUAUUCCUGGAAUGUUCCACGUAAGGCUCACCCUCCCGCCUCCCAAAGUGGUUGAUCGUUGGAACGAGAAGAGGGCUAUGUUCGGGGUGUAUGACAACAUCGGGAUCCUGGGAGGCUUUGAAAUGCACCCCAAAGAACUGAUCAGGGGCCCCAGAUGGCUUAGAGGCUGGAAGGGGAAUGAAUUGCAACGUUGUAUCCGAAAGAAGAAAAUGGUUGGAAAUCGAAUGUUCCUUGAUGACCUGCACAACCUUAACAAACGCAUCAGCUACCUCUACAAACACUUUAACAGACAUGGAAAGUACCGGUAGAAGAGAAAGCUGGGAACUGUGGAAGAGACACAUCUGUCCGGGGGGGGGGGGGGGGGGGGGGGGAC